AUGCAGUCCGGUAAAGUGAUGGAAACUUCUAGCUCUUCCACUAGUGCCACCAUAACCCCGACACCCCUAACGCUUUCCAAACCAGCCACAUUAAAGGAAGCGUCACAGGAGCAAAUGGACUCUGAGGAGUUACAUUCCCUCCUGGACGCUGCUGUGGCGAAGUCUGUGAGGCAAGCCAUCUUUACCGCUAUGGGGGCCAUGUCUGAUAAUAUCUCCCAUUUGAUCACCCAUGCACUGAGGUCCACUCAGCUACCACCAGCUCUCACUGCUAACCCCCCAGAGAGUAAACCGGUGGCCCCUACUGGGCGUAAAUCCACAAAAAAGUCUUGCCAUUUGCACAAGGAUGCCUCCAAAACCUUACGUCCUGUGACAGAGCAUGUGGUUGCACCACAACUAAGAGCCCCCCACCAGGCAAAAUCGGUAAGGAACUGGAAGAGGGCAAAAGCCCUGAAUGAAUCGUCCGAAUCUGAUUCGGAUCAAGAGGAGGCACAAAGCGAGUCUGAUGAGGAAGACUCUUAUCACUCCAGUAUUUAUUUUCCGGAGCACAGCUCCUUGACAGUACCUGGAGAAGACCCCAAAGAUUGA